AUGUGGAUCUGCUUAAUAUCUAUAUGUGUAUUCGUGAUAUCACCAAUAAUGAUCAUCGAGCUUUGCCUUUAUAAGCUUAGACCUUUAAUCAAAUAUACAAGAAAUCUCCCAAAUUCAGGAGUCGACAUAUUUCGUAGGUGAGAUAUACCAAAAUGAAAUAGGCUAAAAUUUUACCUUGGGGCAAUCAUAUUCCUCUAUCUCAGACUGCUCCUCCUUUUUACAUGUGUAUUUAUGCAUUGGGUUUCAGCUAAAAUUGUGAUGUAUAAAUUCCCUAUAGAGUCACAGCCACUAACUUCUAAAAGACGAGCAUUUUUCAAGCUUUCUUCAAGGUUUUGGAGCAGGACGUUACUACUAGCUUUGGGAUAUUGGAAAAUAACUAAUCAUGGGCAGGCUAUUGACAAAGUUUGUGUGCUUGUUUCAAAUCAUACAUCUUUUAUUGAUAUUUUAUUUGAGGAGAGAAAAAGUUGACCUGUAAAUACACGAUUAUUAUUAUGAAUUAAUUUAUUUAUUUAUUUUUUGAUAUUUUAUACUUUCUUUGUGAUGAAGACGUUCCUUCACUUGUUUCCAAAAAUGGGGUUAAAGGAUUUCCAUUUAUUGGGACAAUAGCGACGGCAAUGCAAUGCUUGUUUAUUGAUAGAUUUGAAGGCAGAGAAGAAGCGCUAAAAUUGAUAGAAAAAAGAGAAAUUGAGAUAGCUAAGAAGGUCGGGUACCCCAAGCUGGUGCUAUUCCCGGAAGGGACCACUACAAAUGGAACUGGACUGCUAUAUUUUAAAAGGGGACCUUUUAUUGCUAAAUUGCCUGUGCAGCCAAUUGUGUUGAGAUAUCCAGAAGGAAAUUUCUCAGCCGCUAUAGAUGUGGCUCCUAUAAUUAAAAUAUGGCUUUCUUCCAAUUUUCUGAUUUCCUGACCGAAAAUUUAUUACUCAUAUUUAAUUAGCUCACCAGCCAAUAUGAAUUGCUAUCAUUGAAAAUGUAGCCAUUCUAAUGGACUCCAUAUUUUGUACUUCUUAUGCAGAUCUCUCGCUGUUUAGAGAAACAAAUAAAAUAUCAUUAAUUUUAAACUAUUUUAAUCUAAUUUUAUAUAAUUAUUCUUAAAUAACAAUAAAAGAAUUCUAAUAAUUGGCAUGAAGCUCUGCUAAGUUAGUUACGACAUAUUUAAAUUAAAAUUUACCUUGGUUGGCUUCCGGAAAUUUCACGGCAAAUGGCUUGUGCCCAGUUUUGAAAAUUUAAAGUGGGUUUAAUUUCGCCUGGUGAUUUUAUCUCAGUUAUGUAGGAAGUAAAGAGCUACAGUUCAAGAUCGUGAAGGCUAGAGUUAAGGCCCUUGAAGACCUAAUUGAGUUUUCUGAGCUCAAAGAAGGUUGUCAAAGCCUAAACUCCUAUCUAUCAAAUUUUUCACAAAUUUAGCAAGCUGUGAGAAAAUGACACGAAAACUAGAUCAGUGUUAGUGGUGGCUGAAGGACGGGGCACCUAAUGUGGAUAUUAAGCGUAAUAGAUAAUAUAGAUAAUUGUGAUUCCUAUAUGAAUUAGUGCAAUUUUGUUGAUUUGCCAAAUUAAUUAAGUUAAGAUUAUGCAGCCAUAAGCCUUACCUUAGCUCCAAAAGUCAGCCUUCGUUGUUCAAAUGAGGAAAAUGAAAAGCUGCCCUUUUGGAUUUCCAAUUUGAACUAUUUAUCAAAGAGAUUAGCUCCAUAGGGUAGAGGCACCAUCUAGGGGUCCCUAUAAGGAAAGACUGUGUGGUAGGCAAAUCUGUCUCUCUCAUCCGGCAGGAAUAGGAAGGCACUUGGGGGAGUAACAAAGCUUCCCUGUUCGGCAAGGCAUCCACAAACCGAAGGCCUACUUCAAAAAAUGGCAGAGGCACUCAUUGGGAUUGAUCCUACUUGUUCCAUAGUUAGUGUCGUUAGAGUCCAUCCCCAUCAGCAUCAUCAUUUUAUUUCUCUUUGCCAAAUUAGGAAUCAGCUAAUUGUCAAUAGGCUACCAGUAGCUCUACCAAGAGAAGAUAUAACAAUAAAAGAAUUUGCUGAGAGUGUUAGAGCAACAAUGGCUGACUUUAUGAAAGUCCCUAUGGUUUCAACAACAAUUGAGGAGAAAAAUGAAUUGAUCUCAAAAAUAUUUGGCUAUAAGAUUAAGGAUAAAAGUGUUUAA